AUUUGCGUCGGUAAAAUUUAUAUAUUUAAUAAAUGACCAAAAAUUAAAAGAUAAAUUACACGACACUCGGUACCGUAAAAGUUGUAUCUAACAGAUAAAUAUAUAGAAAUAAAAAACAAUAGGUGAUGCGCUAGUCAGGUUUCCUAUAGAUAAUAACUUGUUGAGUAAACUGAGAUUUAUUGGGUGGAACAAUAUCGGCCCUAAUUCUUUUAUUAUAUUAAAACACCACAAUAUCAUGCUACAUACAUAUAAUAUAUACAAAUAUAUAAAUAUUAAAUAUAAAUGUGUGUACAAUAUUAUAACAAAAAUGGCUAACUUCACCAGCUAGUACAAAAACGAUAGAAAUUACUCAAAUCGUAAAGAGAAGAUAAGAUUUAUAGGAACAAGAUCUUAUACAAUAAAUUCUUACAUUUAAAGUUUCUGUGCAAUAAACAUGUUCAAUUUGUUCCACUUAUUUUCAAAAAAAAUACCACUUGCUGCUGAUGUCAAAUUCAAUACUUCUGCAUCAUUGGAAGAAGUAAAAAACUCCCAAAAAUCCAGAAAACGUCUCUCAGAGGAAAAUAAACAGCUUGUAGAAGAACAGUAUCAGAAAGAACUUCACGAACGGAGGUACAAGCUAUUGAUGCAUUUGUUGAAUCAGAGUAAAUUUUUUUCAUCUUACUUACUGAAGAAAGUUGAAUCUGAUAUGACUACUAAAAAGAAAGGUGUAUCUUCUUCUGUUAAUGAUGAAAAUAUACCACCAAAUAAGAAGAGAUUAAGAAGAGCUGAUCAAGAGAAAUAUAAUAUGCAAGACUACAUAUCUACAGAAAUGAGAGAAGUGCAGCAUCUUGGAAGAAAAAGAAAAAAAAGAUUGUGUGAAGAAGACAUUGCAGCAGAAUUACACAAAGAUUCGGAUAGUGAAAUAAGAAAAUCUGCUCAUAAUGAGGUUCUUGCAUUGAAAUAUUUUCGUGGAGAGUUACGUGAUUAUCAGAAAGAUGGUUUAAAGUGGAUGAAAGUACUUUAUAAAAAUGGCAUAAAUGGAAUCCUAGCUGACGAAAUGGGUCUUGGAAAAACAAUACAAGUAAUAGCAAUGAUGUGCCAUCUCAUAGAGAAAGAACAGAGCGGGCCUUAUUUGAUAAUUGCACCUCUUUCCACUAUACCAAAUUGGGUGAUAGAAUUUGAACGAUUCGCUCCGGAUAUACCAACCAUAUUGUUUUAUGGCUCAUCAAUUAAAAGAAAGCAUUUAUAUGGAAAGAUUAAAACAAAAUAUACUGUUAAUAGUUACAAAACACAACCUGUUGUAAUAACCAGUUAUGAAACGCCAUUGAGAGAACUUAAAUUUUUUCAAAGUCAACGCUGGAGAUACAUUGUGGUAGAUGAAGGACAAAGAAUAAAAAAUCACAAUUGCAUGUUAAUGAAAACUCUGAAAAGUAUGCAAUCCAUGAAUAAGCUGAUACUAACCGGGACCCCACUACAAAACAAUUUAGCUGAGCUAUGGUCUCUCUUGAACUUUCUGAUGCCGGAUAUCUUUGAUAAUUUGACUGUGUUUGAAUCGUGGUUUGAUGUGAAGGAACUUCAGCAUCAGAAAGGCACAGAAAAACUUCUGAAACAAGAAGAAGAAAAGAAGGUGUUGAUGACACUACGCGAAAUUUUAAAACCAUUCAUGCUAAGACGAGUGAAAGCUGACGUUUGCCUAGAAAUACCUCCUAAAAAAGAACUGGUUGUUUAUGCACCGCUUACUAAAUUGCAACAUGAUCUAUACAGGGCAGUAUUGAAUUAUGAUCUGCAAACAUUGUCCAAAAUUGAAGAACCAGAUCCAAUUAUACCAAGUAUAGACAAUAAAAGACCGCAAAGAAAAUGUGUCUUACGAAAAAAACAGAAGUAUGUAUUUGAAAAAUCCAGUAAUAUCUCAUUGGAUAGUUCGGCAAAUUCUUCAUUAGAAACAAACAAAGAAUAUCACGAUGAUACAAAACGGGAAGUAAAAUGUAAAGACAAAGAAGAUUUGUCAAUGUGGAAGCAAUAUACCGAUGUUACAGAACGUAAUAGAGAUUUUCUCAUUAACAUUAAAUUUGGCAAUAGAAUCAUGAUGUAUAAAAAAAUCGUAAAUCAUCCGUAUUUAAUUCACUGUCCGUUAGACGCGGUCGGUUUACCAAAAAUUGACGUUGACUUGAUCAAAUCCUCCGGCAAACUUUUAGUACUGGAUGCUAUGCUGGCAAAGCUCAAUGCGCGAGGUCACAAAGUUCUGUUAUUUUCGACAAUGACCAUGCUGUUAGAUAUAAUCGAAGAUUAUAUCAUGUUGCGACAUUACAAAUACGUGAGAUUAGAUGGUACGGUUGAAAUAGAAAAGAGAAAGAAGGAUAUUGCAGCUUUCAAUGCAAAUCCAGACUUGUUUCUAUUUCUUAUCUCCACUAGAGCUGGUGGAAUUGGAUUGAAUUUAGCUGGUGCUGACACUGUUAUUAUAUAUGAUAGCGAUUGGAAUCCACAAGUUGAUAUACAAGCCAUGGCGCGCUGCCAUAGAAUAGGACAAACAAAACCUAUAGUUGUCUACAGACUGUGCACUAAAGGAACAAUAGACGAAGAGAUUAUCAAGCGCGCUGAGGCUAAACGUGUUCUCGAAAAAGCAAUUAUAUCGAAACAAAUCUCGCAGAACAAAGAUUUUCUUUUAGCAUUGAAGCAGUUAAUGAGCUCCAAGGAAUAUAAAGUUGUUACAUCAGAAAACGAAGUAUUUACGCAGGAGGAAUUGGACAAAUUACUGGAUAGAAGUGAUAUGGUCGAUCAAAUGUGCAAAUAAUUCCAAGUACUAUCUUAUAGGAUAACUUUUAACAUCCGAACGAAAAAAUAAUUUUUAUAUGUAUUAUUAUUGUGUUACGCCAAAUGCUAUUUAUAUUUUUGCAAAUUAUCACUCUGUAUAGAUCAAGAAAAGCAAAAUGAAUGUUGAUUUAAGAAAUUGGA